UGUGGCUCGCCGGUUGCCAUGUGAUCUGUCCGUCCAGAUCAGCCGAGCCCGUCUCAGAAUGUCAGCCGUCAUUUGGAGCCAUUUCUCGGUGGGCUGCAACAACCGAGACAUCAGACAUACCGGGUCUCGAAGGCUGCUGACGAAAAUAUAGAGCUCAGACUUUCCCAAGUAAACUUUACCUCUCAACUUUCCCUGCUGCCUGCGCCGAGAGCGGACCUGCUGUUGCGGUGAACCGGGACUGGCUGGCCGGGAGAAAUGCACUCCUUAUCGGGACUGGUGGCCGUGGUGGCGGCGGCGACUUUCUACCUCUACCUGCUGUCCUCUUACCUUCCGCCGGGGCCGCAGCAGCUUCACCCGGAGCCCGGGGGGGAGGAGGGCCAGGGCGCGGGAGUUCACGAGUACAGGCUGAAGUUCCCGUCGGACCUGGACGAGCUGCGCGAGCUGGCAGAGAUGCUCAAGUUUUAUAAGAGAGAGCAUCACGGCUACGUUCUGCUGCUGUUCUGUAGCGCAUACCUCUAUAAGCAGUCUUUUGCCAUACCUGGCUCCUCUUUUCUGAACAUGUUAGCCGGCGCGAUCUUCGGGCCGUGGGAGGGUUUGGUGUUGGCCUGUCUGCUCACCACGUCAGGCUCCACCUUCUGCUUCCUGCUCUCCUCUGCCUUUGGAAAGAAAUAUGUGGUUCAGCUCUUCCCUGACAAGGUGGCACUGCUGCAGAGGAAGGCAGAGGAGAACCGCAGCAGUUUGUUCUUCUUCCUCCUUUUCCUUCGUUUCUUCCCCAUGACUCCUAACUGGUUCCUAAACAUCACCUGUCCCAUCCUCAACGUCCCUCUGCCCAUUUUCUUCUUCUCAGUUUUUAUAGGUUUGAUUCCCUAUAACUUCAUCUGCGUUCGUACGGGCUCCAUCCUGUCAGAGAUCUCCUCCCUGGACGACAUCUUCUCCUGGGGGACGCUGGCUCAGCUCCUGGCCAUCGCCUGCAUGGCGCUCCUCCCCAGCGCGCUGAUCCGACGCUACAGCCAAACUCACCUCAAGCUGGACGGCAUGGAGAGCAACGGUCCCAGUAAGGCCGAAGUCCAGCAGGACCGGAAGAGACGAUGAUCCGGGAUGAGACAAGAUUCGGGGGGCUUCAGUCUCCUAAAUGCAGCGUCAUGUCAGAGGAAUGUGAAGAGACUCGCUCUAAUGGUAGACCCUCUGCCUCCUCCAGCUCUGUGACUUCUCUAAGGGCUCAUCAGAGGCUUUUUGAUGGCACACGUCACAUGAUCUGCUUUGAAAAAAGAACAUCUUGAAACUACUUUGGGUCAUGCUACAGCACACUUUUAAAGUUCACUUCGGUCUCCCAAAAACCUCAAAAACCUUGGCAGUGAUACACAGGCAACAUUUCUGUUCUGUGGAUGGGUCAAGCAUUACAACCUGAAUACCUCUAUUUUCAGUGAAAACCUGCAAAAAUAUAUUUUUUUCAGGAAGGAGGAUAAUUUUCUUCACUGAUGUUUACUGGGUUUCAUCAUGUUUUAAUAGCACAGUGCACAAAAACCCACUCAACAUAAAUGAGCAUUUCUUUAAGAUCUUUAAAUUUUGAGGAUUCCCGUCUCUUUGUAACAUUGCCUAUCUACAUGUCUUGAAAAUGUUGCCUGGCUAUUAAGGUGUGAAGAUUGUGGUUGUUCCAUACAGUCACAUGAGAAGUGAGAUUGCCUUAGUACCAAAGCCUUUUUUUUUUAUUCAUGCAUUCAUGCCUUGUUGCCUUUGAUGAGAAGAAGGCUAACCAGGAUAACGCUGUGAGAGAGAAAUAAAAUCCUCUUAACACAGGACAAACAAACAAAUGGGUAAAUACAGUUAAUGGACUGAUAAAGUAAGGAUAAUUACAGCUGGGAAAAUGAUCAACUUUGAAAGCUAUAGACAUUUCUGUUUGGAUUGAAUAACCAUUCAGGGUUUUUUUUUUCUGUUAAUGCUGCAGAGCUGCAAUCUGUGUUUCAUGUCAAAGGCAAAGCCUGUAUAUCUGAUUGAAUUCACACAUACACACACACACACAUAGCAGCACAUACACACCCUAUGUCACCAUUUCAAAACUGAAACAGACCUCAAACAAGCAAGUUUGUCCAAAGACUAAAGAAUGAGUUUUGAUGUUGGCAAAACUGACUCAAAGUCUGACCCCAUAUUGUUGAUUUCUGCUUCCACAUUUUCCCUCAAGUAACAUUUUAAUGAUUUGUUUUGCAACUUGACACCACUAAUGAUUUCUGCUAAGUGGGCUGUAGUGUCUUACACUCUAAAUUGGCCACUCGGUCUGCCUUGUGUUCAAACUGAGUUGAGCUGGCCGUGAUACUGGAAGCCUCGCUGCACUGCUUGUCUGGUUUGCAGUCAUCGACGUUACAGAAACCUCAGAUCUCAGUGCAUUAUAUAGUUUAACAAUCUGCUUUACAUUUUACUGCAUGUUUGGCCCCUGAAAUGUGUUUCAAGAUACUUCCAGUGUGUUUCUGUCUUAGCCACAGCUGUUCUCAAGCACUUUUACCUCUGUCUUACCUUUGGCUGCGUUCACACAGGAACAAGGUCAUCCGGCUUGUACCUACAUGCAGGCUAAAUGUGAUCUGUUAUCAUUAACACUGCAAGCAACCAAUAGAGGGCAUUUCAAAGCUAACAAUAUUAUUGUGCAUUGAUCUGAAAAUGUCAUCCUCUGUUCCUGUGGAUGUGCAGACUUUUUACUUAAUCCAUUACUCCUCUGUUUGUUCGCUUGAGUGUGAUUUUGCACUUUAUGUCCAUGGCUAUCAGUGUGACUGAAUUACUUUCAAUGUUUAUUAAGGUGUCAUUUUGAAAUUGCACUAUUUAUUCUAAGUAUUUUUCGUAGCAUUUUGCCAAGUUGUCUUUAGCUGUGAAACUGGAGCUUCUUACCAAAAAGAAACACGAUACUGUAACGCUGAAGUGGAAUGCUGUUGUGUAAAAUUGGAUUUUCACAAAUGUACUGAAGGCAGAGUCAGUGCCCUGAGGAGAGUGGGGCUUUGUUCCAAAAUGAGAUUUGACUAUUUAAAAAAUACAUACUCCAAGCACAAAGUGACUGAUAGCACAGAGAAGGAUGACAUGCAGGGAAAGGGAUUGUAUGGAAGCAGUUUGAGCAGGCACAGUGCCAAUGCACAUCUGUGAACCCCGGGGCCUUACUGAUAUCAAAAACUAACAUAUCUGUAGUUGAACUAUCAGCGGGUGAGUGUUUCAGAGCCUUACAACACUAGAUGCAUGGUUUACAAAGCAGCAAUGUGCUUUAGGAGGUAAGACACGUGUUGUCAUUCAAUGUUUCUUGGAGCUUUCAAGAGGCAUUGGUCCCAGGAUAAGAGGCUACACGUCUUCUCAUUCUUUGACCAAAACAGUAGAGGAAGAAAAAGGACUCCAAUUUGCAGGAGAACUAACUGAAUGUGUGUAGAGAAGUGUUUUACAAGGAGAACCUGUGGUGUUUGCUGUUGCCUGCAGCUGAAGCCAAGUCUUAUCAAGCUAGCGUACCAAAGACAUUUUUUUUUUUUUUUUUUAAAUAAAACAUUUUACUUCUCAUCUGGCUGUCCUUACAUUCCACUGACCAUCCUGCAUCUGGCAGCACAAGAUGUCCAAACUUGUAAUGUCAAGAUGUCAGC